AUGUCCACUCACAAAUUAUUCCCCAGAUUAAAUAAAGAACAAGAAGAUGAACUAAUUUCAAAUGUUCAACAAUGGUCAUUAUCGAAUGGGUUGGUGAUGUAUCCACCCAAUUUUGAAAUUUUUCAAGUUAAUGUGGCACCAAUUACCAUUUAUCCUACUCCAAUUUCGAAAAAGUCAUUCGAUAAAGCAAUGGAUCUACAAACGACAUAUAAUGAGUUAUAUAUCAAUUUAAUAAGUCAGCACAAAAAAUACCUUAUUUCUAUACUAUCAGAAUUAUCUAAAUUUGAUCCAAAUUUCACGGGUAAACUAUUUGAAAUUUACGACAAAGUUAAAAACAAUAAGCAAAAUUUAUCAUUAGGUAUCUUUAGGUCUGACUAUAUGAUUGACCAGAAAAAAGAUGAAAUAAAACAAAUUGAAUUCAACACUGUAAGUGUUUCGUUUGGUGGAUUAAGUAAUAAAGUUAGUCAGUUACACAAAUAUUUGAAUGAUAGUGGCCAAUAUACGGAAUAUAAAACUAAAUAUUACGAAGAAAGUGAAUUGGAGAUUAGUUCAUCGAUUAGAGAAAUUGCACAAGGCUUAGCUGAGGGAGAUAAAUAUUAUAAUGGUUCUAAGAAAAAUACAAUUUUAUUCAUUGUUCAACCAAAUGAGCGAAAUUGUUUUGAUCAAAGACAUAUAGAAUAUGAAUUAUUUCACCUGCAUGGUUUAAAAUCAAUAAGAGUUGCUCUUGAUGAAGUUAAAGAAAAAUUGACAAUUUAUGAUUCAAAAUUGUAUUUAAAAUCUACAAUGCAAGAAAUAUCAGUAAUUUAUUACAGAUCAGGUUAUUCUCCAGAUGAUUAUAAAAACGAGGAGAAUUGGGAUAAUAGAUUAUAUUUGGAAGAGUCCCAUGCUAUUAAAUGUCCAUCAAUACUUACUCAAUUAUCAGGUAGUAAAAAAAUUCAACAAUUAUUAACUAAUCCAGAAAUACUUGAGAAAAUUUUACCUGACAAUAAUUUACCAUUAUUAUCCACUUUUGUUUCAAUUUAUCCUUUAGAUAAUUCAAAUUUAGGCGAAAAGGGAAAAGAACUUGCAUUUUCGAAUCCAAACGCAUUUGUUUUAAAGCCCCAAAGAGAAGGUGGUGGGAAUAAUAUAUACAAAUCAGAAAUUCCAAAGUUUUUAAAAUCUAUAGAUGAAAAAGAUUGGGCUGGAUAUAUUCUUAUGGAAUUAAUCUAUCCGCAAAGUUUUCAAAACAAAAUUUUAAGAAAUGGAGAUCUUUACAAUGAAUCUAUAAUUUCAGAACUCGGUAUAUUUGGUACAAUCAUAUUUGAUGAAAACACUGGUGAUAUCAAAAGCAAUAAAAAUGCUGGAUGGUUGUUAAGAUCAAAAUUUGAAACUAGUGAUGAAGGAGGGGUCGCUGCAGGUUUCGGAUGUGUAGAUAAUAUAUAUUUAUACUAG